UCCUGUUUCCGCACCAUGACGGACCGGUACACGAUUCACAGCCAGUUGGAGCACCUGCAGUCCAAGUACAUCGGGACGGGCCACGCGGACACCACCAAGUGGGAGUGGCUGGUGAACCAGCACCGGGACUCUUAUUGCUCCUACAUGGGCCACUUCGACCUGCUCAACUACUUCGCUAUCGCCGAGAACGAGAGCAAGGCGCGGGUCCGCUUCAACCUCAUGGAGAAGAUGCUGCAGCCGUGCGGGCCUCCCGCCGACAAGCCCGAUGAGUCCUAAGGUGGGCCCCGAUCGUUUGGUUUUGCGCUUCCUUAAGAGA